AUUUACAUUAAGAUGAGAGAUGCUUGGACUCCUUGGCGUAUCAAUCAAGCUUAUAAGAACCAGACAAAAACGCUAUAGUUAAUUAACAUUUUGUCGAACUUUGAGAGUUAUGUUAUCAAUAUUAUUUAAGAUUAAUAAUAUUAUAAGUUUUUAUUACUUAAAAUAUAAUAGACGAGCGGACUGCGGAGUAGACCUAACCGACUAAGCUAGUUCUUCACUUCCCAACUUCAUAUCAUGACCAAAUAAUUGUCAUUAUUAUUUAAUUAAUUGAAUUCUAUACGGCUUGAUUUUGACCUCAAUUGGGGAUUGGUUAUGAAUAUGUACCACACAACAUGGUUAAGUUGAAAGAAAACUAAUUCGUCGGAAAUUCCGAGGAUGGCUAGUACCCGAGAGCAGAAAUGGUCUCUUAAGGGCAUGACUGCUCUUGUCACAGGUGGCACCAGAGGCAUAGGUUAUUCAAUUGUGGAGGAAUUAGCAGGAUUCGGUGCAUCUAUACAUACGUGUUCAAGAAAUCAAAAAGAGAUCAAUGAAAGGCUGGAAGAAUGGAAAGGCAAAGGGUAUCAUGUUACCGGUUCGGUUUGUGAUUUGUCUUCUAAAGAACAAAGGGAGGAACUCAUGAACACCGUUUCUUCCAUUUUUGAUGCCAAACUCAACAUCCUUAUAAACAAUGCUGCAGUAUCUCGACUUAGAGAUGCAACAGAAUAUACAACCGAGGAUUGUUCAUAUAUAAUGGGGACAAACUUCGAAUCUCCUUUCCAUUUGACUCAACUCGCACACCCACUGCUCAAGUCAUCAGGGAAUGCAAGCAUCGUGUUCAUCUCUUCUGUUGCUGGUGUCACGGGUCUUCCUUCCAUAUCUGUAUAUGCAGCUUCUAAAGGUGCAAUCAAUCAAUUGACCAAGAACCUGGCUUGCGAGUGGGCUAAAGACAAUAUUCGCACCAAUACUGUUGCACCAUGGGGUGUCAGAACCACCAUUAUGAACUUCGAGAAGGUGGAUGAUAAAAUUAUUGAAGCAUAUGCCCCAUUAAUGGCUCGAACUCCAGGCCGUCCAAUAGCAGAACCUGAUGAAAUAUCACCUUUGGUGGCAUUCCUUUGCCUCCCAGCAGCAUCAUAUAUUACUGGACAAGUUAUUGUUGUCGAUGCCGGAUACACAGCCGGAGGUUUUAAAUUCUAGAACCAUGAGGCUGAUGUUACAUUAAUUUCUCAAAACUAAUGUAUUUGUUUAUGAAUUUCUUAAAGUCUAUCAUUAUCAAGAAAGUAUUAUGCAACAUUAAUAUCACCAUCUUCUUGUCCUUUUCCUUGUAUUUUCUUUCCCUAACCUCACGAUCUUGGGCGGAUAAAAUACCAUUUUUAUAAUAACAUUGUAUUAUUG